UUUUUUUUCUGCAUUUUGUAUGGCAGGGGGAAGAAAAAAUAAAAAUAAAAUACUUUUUAAAUUAAGGAUUUUACAGAUAGCGCUCCAUUUCCAAAUUAAUUAAACGCACCACGACCGCCUGAACAGCGCGCAAAUGUGAGUUAAGAAGAAGAAAAAAACCAUCGUCACCGCCUUGACGCAAUUGAAUCACAAACACAAUUUGUAUAUCUAACCAAAAACAUGCAUGAGUGUUGCACUUUUCCCCCUUUAAUCGUGGAUUAAGCAGAUUGUCCUGGCCGGCCCUCGAGGCCCAGGGUGCCCCUUUUGAUCAUCUCGGUCUUCUCCACCGCGACUCUUGGGAUUGGCCGCGAGGUUUUGCAGCAGAAGCUCUUCAGUCUCCAUCUCCUUCGUCACCUGUCAGCAUGUUCAUGCAUUGGGAGGUUUGCUUCUACAUUUUCAUCCUGCUGGCGCACAUGAGGUCCUACUGCUGCUGGUCAGUGAAUAAUUUCUUGAUGACUGGACCCAAGGCGUACCUGAUCUAUUCCAGCAGUGUGGCGGCGGGGGCCCAGAGCGGCAUCGAGGAGUGCAAGUCCCAAUUUGCGUGGGAUCGCUGGAACUGCCCCGAGAGAGCUCUGCAGUUGUCCACGCACAGCAGCCUGCGCAGCGCCAAUCGGGAGACGGCGUUUGUGCACGCCAUCAGCUCAGCCGGCGUCAUGUACACGCUGACCAGGAACUGCAGUCUCGGGGAUUUUGACAACUGCGGCUGCGACGACAGCCGGAACGGACAACGAGGCGGUCACGGCUGGUUGUGGGGAGGCUGCAGCGACAAUGUCGGUUUCGGCGAGGCCAUCGCUAAACAGUUUGUCGACGCUUUGGAGACCGGCCAGGAUGCCCGAGCGGCGAUGAAUUUACACAACAACGAAGCUGGCAGAAAGGCAGUGAAGGGGACCAUGCAGAAGACGUGCAAGUGCCACGGGGUAUCAGGGAGCUGCACCAUGCAGACCUGCUGGCUGCAGCUGCCCGACUUCAGGGAGGUGGGAAACUACCUGAAAGAGAAGUACCACAGAGCUCUGAAGGUGGACCUUCUCCGCGGGGCCGGGAACAGCGCGGCCAGCCGGGGGGCCGUAGCCGAGACCUUCAGCUCCAUCUCCCGCAAGGAGCUGGUCCACCUAGAAGACUCGCCCGACUACUGCUUGGAGAACCGCACGCUGGGCCUGACGGGCACAGAGGGCCGCGAGUGCCUGAAGAAGGGCAAGAACUUGACCAAGUGGGAAAAGCGCAGCUGUAAGAGGCUGUGCGGCGAGUGCGGCCUGGCCGUGGAGGAGCGCAAGGCCGAGACGGUGUCCAGCUGCAACUGUAAGUUCCACUGGUGCUGCGCCGUCAAGUGCGAACAAUGCAGGAAGACGGUGACCAAAUUCUUCUGCGUGAAGAAAGGAGGCGCCAGGGGGAGGACCGAAAGUGCGGGCGGGCGACGCAAGACCCUCAAGCUCGGCAAGAAGCACUGAGCCCCUGAAAUACUUUGGGUCAUAAAUGGAUGGACAAGUUGUACAUUUCCAGGAAAAAAGAAAAGACAAUCUCAAGGCAACUGCUUGAAACAUAUAAGACUAAAAGGUUCAGAGAGAUUUUUUGCUGUCACCGAAUUUUUUUUUGCAUAUUACAAUUAGGUUUUUGAAAAAGUACAUAGUGACAGAGCCUUUUUACGGACCACCUGAAGUUAUUCCAUGAUGUUCAUCGCCCCCCCCCCCCUUGUUGUAUUUAAAUGUAUAUAAGAUGAAGCACUUUGUACUGUACAUUGUUAAUUUAUUGCACCACCUUACCUUAGUUGUAUUUUUAGUUGUGUUUAUUUUCUAUUCAGCUAUAAUGAAAGAAUAAUAAAUCCUUCCUGAUAUCA